AUGGAAUCAGCUCCUAUUCAUAUAUGUAAGAAAGUAGCUUAGAUUGUUAGAGACCCAGGGAUUGCAGUUUUAAUAGUAUUUAUUCUCACGCAAGCACACCCCCAGCAACUGUUCUGGAGUUGCAUCCGCUGCCUUCGCCAUUCGCCGGCCCCGGUGUUGCCGACAGAUGUUGAUAUUUGAUGAUUUCCACUUGCCGCUAGCAAAGAUUCUAUGUCUGUCCGUUUAUGUGGAUGAAUCAACGCUUUUAUAUUCCCGACGGCAGGUGAUUGAGUUUUAGGACGUCUUGAGGUGUUCAGUUGAACACCUCAAAUCACACAUCACUCUAAUGUGAUGAGAGUUGUGGCCCGAAUUUAUUUGUUUGCAUAAGUUGGGACCGUCUGUAUGAAAAAUAUCUGCACAGGUAGAAAUGCGAGUUUUCACUGAAGGGUGCUUGACACCGUCUUAGGCGGUAUCCCUCAGCAUACCACACUAGGCGCAUUCAGUUGUAAAAGUCAAAGUACCAAGCCGUCACAUAUUUCACCCUUAAUGAGGUGGUGUCUAGGAUGUCUUGCAAAUGCUGAACGGCGUUGUUUUCUGUGUGUGAAGCGCGCACAGUUCACAGCCGUAAUCGCCUCUGGGUCGCUCUAAAUAGCGACGGACACCCGCCUCCUUGUCGCUUUUUGAGUGCUUUCCUAAAGUCUACUAUCUAUGGAAUAGUCUUCUUUAAAUAAACCACAAUUUGAGCCUUGAAUGAGUCUUUACUAUAGCAUGAAUACGUGCUUAUCAGUGCUGUCGUUGCUAUUUCCACCGGCGUAGUUAACAGCAGAGGUGAGCCCCGAAUAGUAGUAGUAUGGAAAAAAUGUGAGUAAUUACACCCAUCAUACCUUUCCCACACGUCAUUCGAAGGUGGUCUAUCCGAGUAUUUAAUGAUUUUCCGAGGUAUGUUGGUAGUUGUUGUCAGGUCGUAUUAUGAAUGAAUGAAUAUGUAUGAAUGCCACAUUGAAUGCUUUAGAUGACCUCUUGGGAUGCCUACAGCUAGCCGUACCAGCUCAAGGCAGUACAUACCUACUUAAAAUUCCCUCCAUAACAUCUUCUACACGGAUAUAUGAUUUGCGCAGACGAUGGUUGUUAACAAUUAUUUUGUCCGUGUUGUAAUCAAUAGAUGGAUUUUACUUCUGAAGGCUGACAAUUUGCUAUCCAAGUGAAGUGACGAAUGCGCGAUAUCGGGAAAUGUUUAAUUCUGAGGACCUCGUGGUUGGUCAUGAUUGGGUCAUGAGGUUAAGGCCUAGCUACAAUCACUUACCUCAGUAAUAGAAUCAGCAGUGACAACGUUUGGAACAAUAUUCAGGAAUCCUAAGCACACCCAUGGAGAAAACGGCGGUUUAAAAGUUCCUGAUUACUUUACGUCGUCUUUUGUAGCCUGUGAAUUGUGGGCGGCCAUUUUCCAAAGUUUUAUGCGUUUCGCAUUCUGGUAGACCGCAGGAUGUGCACCAGUUGUCAUGGAAAAGAUGGAACGUGGAUCAAAAACAGCGACGUAAUAUUUAUCUUGCCGUUGUUACUUAUUUCUCUUUUCCUCUGCCCGCAAUGAUUAACCUAAUCUGUUACGACUGCAACCAGUUGGUCACGGCAAGGUUUUCCUUGUAACGGACAGAAUCCCGACUAUAUUUAGCGAUUUUACUCCUUCAUAAAAUAUCUUGGUUUUUUUUAGCUGAACCGCAGGCCAAGUUGUAUAUAAAACGGACAACUCCAGACAACUGGGUUAGUCCGGAUUUCCUCAGAAGGCUACAGAAGAAUGGUGGGGAUUUAACAAGUUUUGUGACUGCUUCCUUAUAGUGCGUGUCACCCUGUUUGGUUUAAAAACGGUCAUAUUGCUGUCUGGCCUCAUAUUCCAACAGCUUUGUUGGUAGGUCGGACCACCGCUUAUAACCCGUUAAGCAUUUGCGUCUUCACAUCAUGUUUUAUAUACCUGCUUUGGAAUUGGGUCACCGCCGGACAACUUGCUUGCUUUCUGAUAGGAGCCACUUUGUUUGGAUUCGUCCUGUGGUGGCACUCAUUGUCUCCUCCGAAUAAAACUCUCAGAACUCGUAAGUUUUUCUCCCAUACUUUUUGAACACAGUCCAAAUUUUCGACGGGGCUUUGGUUCAUUUUCGUUCGUCUCUUUCCAGUUGCAACACCACUGCACACUGGACUGGUUAUUCUAACCUUCAGCACUGCCCUGGCUCCCGUCCUGCACUCUUUAUUGGAUACUGUCUCGACAGACACUAUCUACGCGAUGACCUUUUUGUUCCUUCUACUCAACUGGACCCUUUCGCCAUACGGCAACGGUGUGUGCCGUCGGGACCCAGCUAAUCGGGAUUCGAAUGUUAUCUCGUUGGCUGCUGGCUUACUAGCCUCCUUGUGCUUAGCGAGUCGUCUUUCCGGCCCAUGGGAGACCCUUAUUCUUAUCCUCUUUGCUACCCUGAUGUUCGCCACUUGGCCGUCCAUCGCUCAUUCUUUCCAGGUUACUGAAGCUAACCGUGUAAUCCUUAUUAUCGUUGCAGUAAGCCAUACAGGACCCGGUUAUUCGCAAUAAGCUGCAGUGUCUACGUUGUUAUGACCCAUGUUAAGGUGUUAAUCGCUAGAUUGACCAAACAUGUCUGUCUUUGAAAAUGUCUCUAGUAAACUUGUUGGCCACUGUCUGACAGCAGCUAAGACCAUCUCUUCAAAGCUCACCCCAGUAGAAAGCGCUUCUAGUUAUUGAGUUCUAUGUCUGAGGUGAUACCAGAUGUGUUAAGUAAGGGACGGCAUGACUGAUCCGUUGAAACAAAGAAGUUUAUGGAUGCUGGUGUUUGCCUCGGGUGUACUUACAGUGUCCGACAAACAGACCAAUUACUGUUUGCAGUGAGCCCACGGACAUAUCCCGGUUCAGAAACAAGUUUUUUCUUCAACCAACAUCCGCUUCUACUCGUAAACGUCACCAUCUUGACAAUAUUUAGUUUAGUUAUCCCCCAUCAUUCUCGCCCACUGUCAAAGUAAAGUUAGACUGUACAGUUUACGAAACAGACGGAAUUAGACUAUUGAUGACAGUGGCAGGUUUCAAAGACUUCACGAAAUUUCGUCUCAGGAUGCAGGCCUGUGCAUUUCACGUUACUCCGGGAACUAGAGUUUCAAGCACUACCAGUCAGUCUGGCAGAUUUACCAGAGCUCCCUGCUUUGUCACAACGCCUUCUGUGAGGGAGAAUCGUAUGCUGCCAAAGUGGGCUUCAGUUGCAGCUAGUUUUUUCCUGGUGAAGACACCCCUGAGGCAACUGUAAGAGCAAGUAAAUGUAAACGUUGGAUGAUGGCUGAAGAUUAUUUUUUAACAGUUGUGCUAUUCUUGAAACGGUUCACAUCGUAUUACUUUCUGGACACAUCCCCGGAAAACAUGCAGUCUGUACCGUUGUGCCGACUGAUUAGGAGCCGUCACGACUGGUACAACUUUGCCUUGGAGCUUGAUUUCCGCCUUUCAGGCUGCGUUUUCUUCGAGUUGGCAAAAAUAUGUUACGGCCAGAUAUGAACACUCAACGCUAUAGCAUCAAACUACAAGAACUGAUUUUAUUUCGCAUGUGUAUGAUGUCCGCUGGUUUAUGUGGCGUAAUUUGCCCUGAUAUAGGGACUGAUUGAAGUAUGGAGACUUUUGAUUUAAUCUACUAGAACGCCGAAGAUAUGAAUAAGACUUUAAGCAUUCAAACGGCCUGUUAGACACUCAGACGUUCCUUUCCUUUAGAGUCCUUUUCUUCAUUCUUGCCCUAUAAUUGGGGAUUAUCUUGACUUUUCUAAUUUACAGAGCGUUUCACCUACCAUACGAACAGAAACCCAUGAGACAUUACUAAACCCUCCAUUUGGCUUUCAACCUAACUACUGAGGUGAUGUAUCAGUGGUAAAAGAAAAUAAGAAGCAGAUCUGGCGAUGGUAGUAUGGCAUGGGAACAAUGGACAUUCGUCGGCUAAGUUAGAUUGUAAGUGCUACUUUUAAGUUAGGUUCUAUGGAACGGAAAUGCAAUAAGAAACAACCUCGAACAAUCCGGGGCUGUUGUUUGGAGACCGUCUUCAUUCAAGCUUCCAAAGAAGUCUUGUGGCAACAAACGUGCGGACACUACAUGAUGACUAGUGCUAUGGCGUUUGCGGGUACUGUUACAUUCCACAACCCUGGUCUGAUGUUGUGAUCGGGGUCCGUGCGUUAGUCUACUCGAUCGGGAAGGGAUAUUUGCACUGAAUGCUUGAGUGUGAGGACGGUCCUCAAACCUUAAAAGCGAGAUCUGAUAAUACCCAGUUCUUACUAAGGCAACACGUAUGUCUACUGUCUGUCUGAAGCGUGAAUCCUACGCUCAGUCUCCCGCGAAAUUAAUGUCGCACGAAUGAACCUACACUAUCACGCUUACCUCUGCGACUCAUUCAGUAGACACGGUAAGGCAGUCGCACCAUCGGGAAACAGGUGGACAAGACACUACUUUCAUGGGAACCGGACGUACGGUUGAAGACACCUUAAUAAUAUCUCCGCUCUCCUGCCUACGUACAGACGUCAGCUGCUGGCAAAGUAAACUAGAGAAAAUGAGAAGAACAGUUUGCUACAGUAAUAACUUCGACGAAGCAGACCUUGAGCAUUGGCGUCACACGGAUGCACCACUUAUUUGUCAAGUCUGCAGUAGAUCCACAGCAUUGGACCACGCCGUUCACGACGUGAACGCACUUAGCCGCACCACUCCUAACAUGUCAAUAUUCGGUCUGACGUUUGACAAGUUCGCAUUCUGUUGGCUGGAUUCUCUUGUAGAUCACAUACGGGUUUGAUGAUGCCCAGUCGGUACUAUGAAGCCGGUCGCCUAUAUUUCGCUGAAAAUAUUGUUCAGCCAAUGUCAAGUGCUGACGAUCUGUAGGAUUUAUUGUCUCGGAUGAACGAGGCUGUAAAAACAGCCAGUUUAUCCGCCAAUGCCGUGAAUAGCAGACUAUUUGCAAGUUUAAAUUCUGGCCAGAAGAGUACUAGUGAUUAAUGGCUGUCAGUCCCGCUAUGUGGACAAUUUCGACGAUCCCUGGGCCACGUCUCCAACUAGGCAGAUUAAGGACGACAUGUGAGAGACUUAAAAACGUCACCCCAAUCCAUGCUGCUGGGUUUUUGAUAACCUUCAAAAGUGCCUUUGAAGCUGUUGCCAUAUCUCAGUUACCUCAAAUACCCGCAUGUGCUUAGCACCCAGUUAGUCAUCUACGGGAGAUGCUUUGUCUGUAUGACGCGCGAAGACUGUAGGUUGUUGAACAUGUUUAUCGGACAAUAAUCCUUCCAGUGAUGUAUGCCGACAUCGUCUGGAAGUGGAUAGUUUUCACCCCUGUGACAACUACGAAGUUAUCAAAGACCACCCAGGAAUGACGGCCGAGGUGGUUUAUCCAUGUUCUUCGUUUCGUUUUCGUUCAGUACUACUACUACUGCUACUACUACUACUACUACUACUACUACUACUACUACUACUUACUACUUACUACCACUACUACUACUACUACUACUACUACUACUACUACUACCACUACCGCUACUACCACCACUACCACUACUACCACCACCGCCACCAUUAUCAGAAAUAGGACGUUACUUAACUCGAGACGGUAAAGAAGUCACCAGCUCAAGGGCUGGUCCCAUGCAGUCAAUCAAGACUUGGAGCUGGAUAUUUGACAUCUGGUCGUCGUUGGAGAAAGUAGCGGAUCGAUCUUCCUAGAUCGGUUCCUGCUGAUCAUCAUGGCUGAAGGGCUUCUAUCCACAACACUGCCGAGGCUUAAUAGGUAAGGCAUUCGCGUGGCGGUUACAAGUGUACAUAGGUAGACUGCUAAUAUUGAGUAAUACUAUAUAAGGCGGCCGUCUUGUCUGUUCACGCACUUGACCCCGGUGGCAAGACAGCCAGGACGACUGGAGGUGGGCUCAGACACAGUGAUUGGCAAAACUAAAUAGCCGUUUGUCAAUGCUACGUACGAACUGGUACCCCCCCACAAGUAUCCGGCCACAAUAAAGGCGGCUCGGAUCUCACAUGGAGGAGAAUGCCAUAAUGACCACAUUAAGUAGCCAUUUCAGCAUGACUCGGUCUCGGAGAGAACCCAGUUACUCCGUCAUUUAACAACCUUCCAAGCCAUAACAGACUCAAAUACAUCUAAUUCAUGAUAGGAAGCAAUGCGAUGAUGUAGAGUGGAGAUGGGUUACUCAGUGUUAACCUCAAUCCUCGUUCCCUUUCUCAUGCACUAUUUGACUUUGCGGACCUGUCAGCCAUCUUUUGUGGGGACUGGGCGCACUGGUUGUCACAGUAUGAAGUCUACAUCUAAGUGUGUCACAAGGGUCCCCUGGGAUGCUCGGACUCAUCACAGCCUGAUUGGUGCAUGUCGUGAGAUAACCUGACUUCCGUUCUGGACCAGCGCAUCUACAGCCCGGUCAAUUGUGUUGGUCAGGAGCUGGGACCAGACCAUGUACGGCAUGCAGAGAUGGGUUGAUUUCUGCAGAUGACGAAAUUUACGAUACUUCUGCAUUUUAGGAUGGACUUUUUGUUGACAGGUAUUGCAAUACUGGUAAACAUGUACUUCACACUGAUGCAGACUUUUGAAUGAGGACCUUUUCAACUGCCUGCUACAUUCAUACUGGCUAGAAUAAGUGCGUAAGUAGUACGUCUUUUUCCAUCGGUUUUCAGCGCCAUUGUAAAUUCAAUCAUAUCGACCGUGUGCACAGGAGAUCCUUCCUUUUACUCCUAUACGAUUACUUCUUUUCCGAAUUUUGUACCCGAAGAAGGGGUAUCUUUGUGUUACGAAGCUUACCAAACCCCGUUGUUUCAAACCCAACCUACCUUUGGAUCUGUCUUUAAGACUUCGUAUCUACCGUUUUAAUAAACCAUUAUAUUUCUUUAUAAUUGAGAAGGGGAAAUUUCCUGCUCGUAUAGUUCAAUAAAUAUUGGUCACUUUGCAAACUUCAAAAACACAUUAAUGAACGGGGGUAUACUUCAUUGCCUGAAAAAUCACUCUAGCUCCUAAGAUUUCAACAGUCACAAUUUUGUAAAAUCGACGAGUACACUUUCUUCAAAUAUAAAAUUAAAAUGGGUCGUAAGCUUUCACUAAAUGAGCUCAAGAAUGCAUUUUUGGCGCACCCUUCUAGUAGAAUAUGCUUGCAGUUUUACAGGUAUCCAGAGUGAAAAAUAGAGUCACUUUUUAGCUAGUAUUAUUUUUGGGGGUGGUGGAAAGGUUCUUACUUCAAAGUCAACAUCCUGGCGUAAAUGAAACAUCUUAGAAUUAUCUUUCAUGCUAGUCAGUAUUAAAACCUCACUUAGGUAACCCGUCCAAAGUGAAGCGAUGUUUUAGGAUUUCAGUCAAUGUUUCACGAGUUUCAUGUACCGCAGCUUUGCCAGCCAUUGCACCUACGUUCAUCUCUAGUAGUCCUGACUUCUCGUUGCCAUGGAGACAUCGUUGGCUGUGGAGGGGGUGAGAGAUACACGCUGCUGAGGUCAUUUCUUGAGCUUUGAAAAUAAUCAAACGACGGACGUAAAUUUCCAAACCUCCUCAACGAAUUGAUGGAAAAGGAAAAAAGUAGGCUGUUUUCUUUCGCCUGUAGCAUCUGUUCGCGCGCGCUACUUUGUGCACUCUUAUUCUUCUUGCGCCCUAUUUUCUAGGCAGACGCGAUUGCUGCUGUGAGACUGAGUUUCACAAUUGGCCUAGGCCUUCUCGCCCUCCUCAGCCUGCUGCCGUUUUUUCUGAGUGUGGAGAUUGAGGCCCUUUAUAAGCGCCUUCUAUUCACCGCCUGCGUCUUUUGUAGUCUCUUCUUUAAUUUUGGAAUUCCCUGGUUCUUCUAUCGACUGCAGUCGUCCAAGUAG